AUGGCGACGUCACCUCUAACACAUAUUGACAAUCGAGCAGAUUGGGUUAAUAAACAUGGAUUGGUGAUGUGGCAAGAUUUGGGCCAUUCUGAGAAAGCACAUAUCAGACGGCCUAAAAGUGACCACGUUACGCUUCAGGUCGUGGAUGAGAUUGCACGGAGCUCUGGGGAGCAGGGAGGCCCGUUUGGAACUCAGUGGUGUACCAUAGAGAAGUCCACAAAAAUGAAUCCUCUAGCAUUUUCAAGGGCAGCUGAUCUUGCAGUUGCUGAGAACUGGAUGCAGGAGAUGGAGAAAGUACUGGCAGUGCUUCAUUGCACCGAUGAACAUAGGGUCCUCUAUGCCACGUAUAAGUUGAUAAAAGAGGCUGAGAGAUGGAGGACAAAUACCAGAUUACUGGAGGAGCAGAGGCUCAUACCAGUGGCUAUGACCUUGAUCCAGCAGUAUGCAGCAAAGUUUAUAGAGUUGUCACGAUUUGAUCUAUACAUAGUGCUAGAUGAAGCUAAAAAGGCUAGGAAGUUUGAAAGAGGUAUGAGGCGAGAUAUAUAUAAGCAGGUGGCAGUUCUACAGAUACAUGACUUCUCUGAGUUAGUUGAUAGAGUCACAUUAGCAGAGGAGAGUGAGCAGAUAGAUGUGGGGGUACUGAGCCAGAGGAAGAGACCCACGCCUACAGGUUUUCAAGCGGGUUCUAGUCGGGGCCCAUAG